GAAACCUCUCACAGACUCCCAGGCAAAAGCAAAAAGUCCUUUGAAAAACCUGCAGUCCCUGGGAGCAUUCAGGAGCCCCCCAGGGCCAUUGCUGACCAAGGCUCCCCAGGGACUCCUUCCAGCACAUCCUUGAGGCCACUGGGAUGUGAGGGGGAUGCUGAGGGCAGCACAAGGGGCUGACAGUGCCCAGCCUUGCUGGGGCUGUGCCAGGAGGCCCCAGGGCCUCAGGACAAGGUGUCUCCUCACAGCCCUUGGUGGCACAGAGGCUGCUGUGCCCCAGGACACCAAGACUUGGCUUCUCUUUGUCCCCACCUGUCAUCACUGCCUCCAGUUCUCUGCUCUGCCUGGGGCCUGGGGACACUUUCUCUGUCCUGUCCCUCAGUGGGACCCAUUAAAACUUCAAGAAACUUUGGAAUUGGAUUCUGACAUGGAAUUCUUGAGAGGUUUCUACAGCUCCCUCUCAGGGACUGAUGUUCAGGGCCUCAGCACAAGCCCAGAGAGGGUCAUUAAAGUCCUUGUGCUGUGUCUGUGCUGCUGAGCUGGGCCGGGCUCCUGGCACAGAGGCAGCUCCUGGCAAGGGCAGCGCUGCAGAGAGACAGCUCUGCCCAGGAGCAGCUCCUGAGCACAGCCCAGCAGGGCUGGGGCACUGCCUGCAGCCACCCCGGGCACAGCACACAGGCACAGAGAGCUUCAAUCACUCAGGGCUGGGAAGGAGCUGAGAAGUGACUGAGGGAGAAUCACUCCCAGCCCUUGACACAGGAACCUCUGGCUGCAGGACACAAGGCAGCUGCAGCUCCUGCAGGGAUCUCCUAAAGCUGCAAUAUCCCAAUGCCUACAGACUCUGACUCCAUGGCCAGAGUGAGGAAAUGUCCAACAGCAGCUCCAUCAGCCACUUCCUCCUGCUGGCAUUGGCAGACACGCGGCAGCUGCAGCUCCUGCACUUCUGCCUCUUCCUGGGCAUCUCCCUGGCUGCCCUCCUGGGCAACGGCCUCAUCAUCAGCGCCGUAGCCUGCAGCCACCACCUGCACACGCCCAUGUUCUUCUUCCUGCUCAACCUGGCCCUCACCGACCUGGGCUCCAUCUGCACCACUGUCCCCAAAGCCAUGCACAAUUCCCUCUGGGACACCAGGAUCAUCUCCUACACAGGAUGUGCUGUUCAAGUUUUCCUCUUUUUUUUUCUUAUGUCAGCAGAGUUUUCCCUCCUGACCAUCAUGAGCUAUGACCGCUACGUGUCCAUCUGCAAACCCCUGCACUACGGGACCCUCCUGGGCAGCAGAGCUUGUGCCCACAUGGCAGCAGCUGCCUGGGCCAGUGGCUUUCUCAAUGCUCUCAUGCACACGGCCAAUACAUUUUCCCUGCCCCUGUGCCAUGGCAAUGCCCUGGGCCAGUUCUUCUGUGAAAUCCCACAGAUCCUCAAACUCUCCUGCUCACACUCCAACCUCAGGGAACUUGGGCUUCUUGCUGUUAGUGCCUCUUUCACACUUGGCGGCUUUGUGUUCAUUGUUUUCUCCUAUGUGCAGAUCUUCAGGGCUGUGCUGAGGAUCCCCUCUGAGCAGGGACGGCACAAAGCCUUUUCCACUUGCCUCCCUCACCUGGCUGUGCUCUCUCUGUUCCUCAGCACCUCAUUAUUUACCUACCUGAAGCCCCCCUCCAUCUCCUCCCCAUCUCUGGAUCUGGCAGUGUCAGUUCUGUACUCUGUGGUGCCACCAGCCCUGAACCCCCUCAUCUACAGCCUGAGGAACAAGGAGCUCAAGGCUGCAGUGUGGAGACUGAUGACUGGAUGGUUUCAGAAACAUUAAAAUGCUUGCAAAGUUCUGAAAAUUACUCAAAACAAAAGUAAAUUUUGAUACUU